CUGUGGGACGCUGACCGUCCGCCUCAGUGCGUUGCGGUUGUGUAUUGUGUCGGGAGCUGGCCGCCGGGCACCGUGUGUAAGUCCUUCCAGUGUUGGUCCAGGACGCGUCUCCAGGCGGCUGAGCGUCGGGGCUCGCUGGGAAUGUUCGAGAUGGGCUGCGCCGGGUUCACCUGCUCCAGACAUGCCCUGUGCGUGCUGAACAUCCUCUACGUGAUGGUGAGCUUGCUGAUGAUCGGCAUUGCAGCGUGGGGCAAGUGGUUCGGUCUGGUCUCCAGUUUCCAGGUGGUGGGAGGCAUCAUCGUUAUAGGAGUCUUCCUGUUCUUUGUUGCCCUGGCCGGCCUCAUCGGGGCCAUGAAGCACCACCAGGUCCUCCUCUUUUUUUACAUGCUCAUCCUGUUCACGGUGUUCAUCGUCCAGUUCUCGGUGUCCAGCGCCUGUUUAGCGAUCAACAAAGAGCAGCAGGAUCGCCUUCUGGAGGUUGGCUGGAACAACUCUCACGCCACGCAGAGGGACGUAGAGAAGAGCCUCAACUGCUGCGGCUUCAGACAAGUGGACGUGAACGGGACGUGUGAAGCCGUGUGUUUCCCCCACCACUCCUGUUCGCCAUGUGCAGAGAAGAUCCAGAAGUAUGCUGGCCAGGUGCUGCGCUUUGUGGGCGGAAUUGGACUCUUUUUCAGCUUCACCGAGAUCCUUGGAGUGUGGCUGACGUACCAGUACAGGAAUCAGAAGGAUCCUCGAGCGAACCCGAGUGCUUUCUUGUGAAAUUUCCGUUGAGUUCGUCCAAUCCAUUUACACUGUCCCGACAUACGUGGGACGUUUUAUGUGUUAAUACAAAGAGUGUCUUGUGUGUUUUCACCGAGUUCCACAGUAAAACUACUAUGUUUUU